UGCACCGAGCAAUCCACCGGCUGGCUGCGGCCGAGCGGGCACCAUGAGCAGGAAGACGCGCCGCUGGAUCUUCCACUUGUUCCUGUGCCUUGGAGUGUUGUAUCUGAAAAUCGGGGGCCUGUCCUCGGUGGUCGCACUGGGCGCGAGCAUCAUCUGUAACAAAAUCCCCGGCUUGGCCCCCCGUCAGCGGACUAUCUGCCAGAGCCGACCCGACGCCAUCAUAGUGAUCGGAGAGGGGGUUCAGAUGGGGAUCAACGAGUGCCAGUUCCAGUUCAGGCACGGCCGCUGGAACUGCUCGGCCCUGGCGGAGAGGACCGUGUUCGGGAAAGAGCUCAAAGUGGGCAGCAAAGAGGCCGCGUUCACCUACGCCAUCAUUGCAGCCGGGGUCGCCCACGCCGUCACCGCGGCCUGCACGCAGGGCAGCCUGAGCGGCUGCGGCUGCGACGCGGACAAGCAGGGCUUCUACAACCAGGAGGAGGGCUGGAAGUGGGGCGGCUGCUCCGCCGACGUCCACUACGGCCUCGGCUUCUCCAAGGUGUUCGUGGACGCGCGGGAGAUCAAGCAGAACGCCAGGACGCUCAUGAAUUUACACAACAACGAAGUGGGCCGCAAGGUCCUGGAGAAAGGCAUGCGUCUCGAGUGCAAAUGCCACGGCGUGUCGGGGUCCUGCACCACCAAGACGUGCUGGACGACGCUCCCCAAGUUCCGCCAGCUGGGAUACGUCCUGAAGGACCGGUACAACCAGGCCGUGCACGUGGAGCCGGUGCGGGCCAGCCGCAACAAGCGGCCCGCCUUCCUGAAGAUCAAGAAACCCCACUCCUACCGCAAGCCCACGGACACAGAGCUGGUCUACAUCGAGAGGUCGCCCAACUACUGCGAGGCCGACCUGCUGACGGGCAGCGUGGGCACGCAGGGUCGCCUGUGCAACAAGACGGCGCUGCAGCCCAACAGCUGCGACCUGAUGUGCUGCGGCCGAGGCUACGACACGCACCAGUACUCGCGCGUCUGGCAGUGCAACUGCAAGUUCCUGUGGUGCUGCUACGUGAAAUGCAACACGUGCAGCGAGAGGACAGAGGUGUACACCUGUAAAUAGAGGUAUUUAUUGGGCGAGUAUUUGGGCCGAGGUGGGCGAGACACUCGCGCGGAGGGAACGCCCAUUCCGUCAACAGUCACGACACCCCGGUUCCCCCGACGUGUCCAUCGUACCGAUGCCAAUGGACAUCUGCCUCGACGCUGGACUCUUUUUCGCUUUUCAUUUGUGUGCCAUUUGCUACCCGGGGCUUGACUUCUCUCCGCUGGUCUGUUGGCAUGACUCUCCUCUGGCUGGUCUUUUAUUUUUUUAGACUAAUAAUUUAUUAAAUGAGAAAACUACUGAUCAUUUUUGAAAACUCACUGAUGGCUAUAUUCCGGUAAGGCAAUAAGUUGUGUAGAUGCCUUCAACGCAAACAUAAAAAAAUGAUUCGAUUUUAAAUUUAACAAGGAAACUUACACACUGGAGCUCGACUGAAUGUCACAAUUUCGAGCCUGCAGCUCACGUGCUUUAAGCCUAGCGGAGGAACACUAAACUACCAAUCGUGGGCUUGCUAUGAUAGUAUUGUUUUUCCACUUCUCGGUCCCCGGCCCCCCACCGUUUGCUGCUAGUUGUCUGGAAUGUUGCAUGAGUUUUUGACUGAGCAACAAUAUUGACUCUUUAAGCCAAGAUGAAAGCCACAAGGAGCAAAGCUUCCAGACAUUAAUUCCCCCUUAAUGAUGGUUGAUAGAAUAUAUUUUGUAAGAGAUUAUUUUUAUAUAUAUUUUUUUCUUUAUUUAUUUUCUAUCUUUAUGUAAGAUAUUUCCCUUAGCAUUUCCAACUGUUGAGUUGCUGAGUUUUCUACUGAUGCACUGUUUUGAAAAUGUGCCUUGUUCCUGUGCAGUGGAACAUAACGAUGUUGAAUGAAAUGUGCAGCAUUGUGAUUCGUAACCCGUUUUUAGGGAACCUUUAUCGCACCACAAAGGGCUAACGUUACCACCGUGCUAGCUGCCGGUCCGCUAACGUUAGCUUAUGAGGCUAAGCUUUUUAUAUCUGAAAAAGCAACAAUUUCUUUUUGUGGUUUAGUUAAACUGAAAUCGGCUGCAGCUUUUGCCAUUCGAAUUUGAACUUUUGUAAAUUUACAAAUUAAAAAAACGUAUCAGCAGCAAUACGCCAUUGUAACUGUGGGUCUUCACGUUAUUAAUGAUAUCCACACUCAUCGUCUUUUGAGCUGUAAUAUCUGCUGUCUAAACAGCGUCUUGGUCGUAUCCCGUAACGAAUAGUAAGACGUGUAAGUAGGAAAUGUCUUUAAUGGUGUUUUUUUUAAAGGCUGCUAACCAAGAAAAAUGUAAUUUUAGAAAAAUCUUUCUAUCCAUCUAGCCUCCAAUGCCUUGGUCAUUAACAUGAGACACACGCUAAGAGGGAGCUUUUUGCAUCUGCACGGGACGCACCGAGAUUUCAACCAACCCCUCGAGGAACACAAGAGUGUAAAGAGGGAGGAAUUCGGUUGGACGGCAGGGGAAGCCGGACUGGUCAAACACUGGACGUUCACACAGGAGACAGCAGUUUGUGUCCAACGUUUCUUCUUUUUUUUAAAGUAAGAUACGCAACUACUCUUGCCAAGCAAGUGUACUUAUUUUAAGUAUUAAACAUACUCAUUUUAACCCAAACCAUGAGCCUUUAUGUUUUUAUAUAUAAACUCCACCAAGUAGUUUUUCUGCCUAUAUCCAAAAUAAUAGGUAGACCGAGGUUGGAAGUUAAUGUAACAAAAAAAACUUUUUUUAUUAUCUCACCAACAGGAACUAGGGCUCGGAAUCAUUUCAUAUAUUAGAGUAGAGAGAUGGGGAUGGAAAGUGUAAUGAUAUGCAAAACAUGUUCAUUAGUGGACGUUAACGUUGGGAGCUUGAGGCUGUGAAAAAACUGAUUUUAUCUGUCAAUACAAAUAACAAAGUGGACCAAGCAUUAAAUCAAAACUUCUAAUACCUGCGAGCCUCAACUUAUUAAGUACGACAUUGGGAUACCCGGCCCUAAUACUGCAGCAUUCAACCACUAAUCGGGGACUAGUUGGGAUUGUAGAGUAUAUAGCAGGCUGAUGACAGAACUCUAGAUGGUUUCAAGUGCAGAAAAAUGGGUUGUUUUAUUUUUAAAUUCCCAGUUCUCUUGUUAAAUGGUUAAAAACCUUUCCGGUGAAGUAACAUUCUACACUAACUCGGUCCUCAUUAAAGCUUCUUCUUGCAUGCAACUGAACUAACAAAGCGAAAGCACACAACUGCUGAAGUCCUCAUACGUCAGAGGCCACUGUCGACCUAUUCAACGCAAAGCCACGUUGUCUUUUAUUCGUCUUUUUGUCAAUAAAAGUUGUCUCAGAAUUAA